AUGGCGAAGUUCAGCAAGGAGACCAAACAACGCCUGCAGACGGUAUUCCAGGCCGGACAGUUCGUCAUCCGCUGGGGUUUCAUCCCCACGGUGCUCUAUCUGGGUUUUGCUCGUGGUGGGGAUCCUGGAAUGCCUGAGCCAAACAUCCUAAGUCUGCUGUGGGGCUGAGAACAACCCUGACCUGGCCAAUCACCUCAUCCAACCGUGGUCAUGUGACUCCCAGCUGUCACCACAGAAACGGACACCAUCUUACCCUCACCAAUUUCUAUAUGGCUAAUAUAUUAUAGGUUGGAUGGAACUUUCAUUGUCACGUCACUCAGGUUGCGUCGGAGACAUGAAGCUCUGAAGGUUCCCCUCAUUCUGAAACGCCCAAUGGCGUGAUGGACAUCUUAUUCUGAAAACAGGUCCUUUACUGCGACCAACGUUUCUCUAUUGUUUUGUUUCCUCUCUGUUUGGGAACAUGUACAACUUUUAUCUUGUCAUUUGGUCAUGGACCUGUGUUUGUCUGUUUACUUGAAAUGAUCCUAUAUAAAAUGUCUGCCUGUUG